AUGGGCUCUGAUACCAAUUGCAGUGGUCUCAGACAGACACAGAAAAGGGGGAGGAGAGGAGAAAUUGAGAGAGAAAGGAAAUUCUGUUAUCUACCUGUUUGCGAUGACGUCACCAGGUUACGCUUAGGUGGCAUUGUUUACAUGAUCCGUCCACCAUCUUCCGAAGCGAGACCACCAGUCUCUGCAACUCUACAGCUCUACUCCCUCCCUCGCAUUGCUUUCAUAUCUGGGUCUGUUCCAAGAAUUCACCUACCAUUUUUGAGUUCAGAGCACUGGAAGACAACAAGACCAUCAGUUUGGGGCCUCGAACAAAUCAGAGGAAAUAGGAGUCGCCAGCACUCCGAGACCAACACCACUAACUGCAAUGGAAUCUUCAGGUCGCCGGAGACUUGCCGCCAGCGAGCCAAAUUCCGGAGAUCGCCAAAUUACAUUCUGAGCAGCCGAAGUCCAUGUAGACGCAUCCCUGAUCUCAUUCAUGCCGUCCGAUUGUCCAUGCAAGGGCCCGAUCGUCGGAGAAGUCGCAAAAGACGAAUUUUGGAUCGCGAUGUGAGACUUCGCAGGUUAGCAGCUCUCCGGCGCCAAAGAUGAUCCAGAGAGACCCAAACAGCGCCCUCUCCGGCUGGCAGCUGAACAACGAUCUCGGGAGAGUGAGCGCCGUUGAUCUUUCGCAGGCGGGGCUUAUCGGCGACGUUUCUUUCUACCCUUUUGGUUCUCUGGAUAUGUGAAUUGUGCUUAAUAUUUCUGGGAUCAAUGGAUUGUCUGUGAAUGGAUUUCCCUGUCCGCCGUAGUUUGGAUCUCUAACGAGGUUGUCGGUUUUGCAGCUCGGAAAUAACAGCUUAACCGGAAAAAUUCCGAGGGAGUUAGCUAAAUGCACCAGCUUGGUAUGGCUUGACUUGACUGGGACGAUGAAGGCAGGUGGCGGUGGAGCUGAGGUUGACUGGGAUGAAGGCGCUGACAUGUCAUUAAAUUCAUUUCCAGGUCAACUAGGUGAAUUGGGCAACCUAUUGGUAACCUGUAAAAAUGUUUAAUUGAACAAUUUGAUAAGA